GGUGUGAGGCGGAGCAGAAUGUCAGUGACUGCCUAYUGCCUAUUUUGCUGUAGAAAAAUAGGAACCUCUGGACCAGCUACAAAAAGCCACCUACCCUGGCAUGAUAUCAGAAAAGUUGCAAAGGUAACUGGAUCACUUAUAUUAGGAGGUUUUGUAUUCAUUACAUAUGAAGUUCUCUCCUUGAAGAAGUUAUUGAAAAUCGAUACUCAAGCUAUAAAUCAAGAAAAAAUUAAAUCCUAUGUAUAUGUACRUACAACUUCUUUGGAUCCAAGUGAAUAUCAAGGCAUUACAUACCAAGCCAGAAGAGAAAUCCAUAGAGCUGUGAGGAAAAUUCUAGAAACAGAAGCUAAAAUUCUCCGCAGACCUUUUAAUGAACACUUCAGCACGUUUGAUGGAGAAGACCAUGAAUGUGCCUUGUGGCUCCUUUUGAAGAGGAGCCAGUCAGAAGACAGAGAGGUGCGGCUGCAGGCGGUGCAGGAGCUCGCAAAGAACAGCCACUGGCACGGUUAUCAAUACAGCACAGUUGCUCAAGCCUGUGAUCAAAGGACUGCUAUAGGUUUGGCUCGGUCCAAAGAUAUUGACCUUCGAUUUUUCCUGCCYCCACCAUCAUUGCCAAAAAUCAAGGAUGAUUAUCCUAUAGAAGAUGAACUUCGUUUAUUGUUAGUAUCUUUACCUCAGAGCGAUGUUGAUCCAUGUGUCCAGUACUUCACAUCUCUYGCAUUACGUGAAAGUAGUCAGACUCUUGCUGCAAAAAGGGGAGGCCUCUGGUGUUUUGGAGGAAAUGGGCUUCCAUAUUGUGAGACAUUGGGUAAAAUUCCUUCAGAGACAGUAGAACUCUUCUGCUUGCAAGCAUUAGUGCAACACUCUAAGGUUUCUUCUCAUUGUGAUAAAAUUGAAGCGAAAGGAGGCCUGCAGCUACUACAGAGGAUAUACCAGCUCCGUAAAGAUUCUGCAAAAAUUCAAAGGAACAUAAUUCGCAUUAUUGGAAAUAUGGCUUUGGAUGAACGUCUUCAUUCAUCCAUAGUACGUGCAGGUUGGGUUUCUGUGCUUGCUGAAGUAAUGAAGUCUCCGCAUGUCAUUCAGUCUUCUCAUGCAUCCAGAGCUUUGGCUAACCUGGACAGGGAUACCGUGCAAGAAAAGUACCCAGACGGGGUUUAUGUUUUGCAUCCACAGUAUCGUAGCAGUCAGCCCAUCAAAGCAGACAUCCUUUUUGUUCAUGGUCUUUUGGGAGCAGCAUUUAAAACCUGGCGACAGCAAGAUAGAGACCAGCCUUUGGAUCACAAGGCUUUAGAAGGGGAAGAGGACUACAGCCAAUGCUGGCCAAAGACAUGGUUGGCAUCAGACUGUCCAGCCCUUAGAAUUAUAUCUGUGGAGUAUGACACCCACCUGAGUGACUGGGGAGCAAAAUGUCCUGUUGAGGCCCACAGAAAGUCCAUUGCUUAUAGGAGCAAUGAGCUGCUUGACAAGCUCAGAGCUGCUGGUAUUGGGGAGAGACCUUUGGUUUGGGUUUCACAUAGCAUGGGAGGUCUUCUUGUCAAGAAGAUGCUUGUGGACGCUUCCAAGAAUCCAGAAAUGGAUAAAAUUGUAAACAACACCAGAGGAAUCAUAUUUUAUAGUGUUCCUCACCAUGGUUCCCAGCUGGCUGAAUAUUCUAUAAAUGCCAGAUAUCUUCUCUUCCCAUCUGCGGAGGUUAAGGAACUCAGCAAGGAUUCUCCAGCCCUUAAGGAGCUGAACGAUGACUUUCUGUCUUUUGCCAAAGAACAGAAAUUUCCAGUGCUGAGUUUUGCRGAAACCUUACCAACACACAUAGGCAGCAUGAUAAAACUGCACGUCGUACCCCUGGAAUCAGCAGAUUUGGGUAUUGGAGACCUCAUUCCAGUGGAUGUUAAUCAUCUGAAUAUUUGYAAGCCGAAGAAGAAGGAUGCUUUUCUGUACCAGCAAACACUGAAGUUCAUUCAGGAGGUUUUAUCCAGAGAACUUGGAAAUUGAGCCUUUGCCACCCUCACUUGCUUGUUCCAUGCCCGUGGUGUAACCCAGGCAAACGCUGCCCCGGCGCCUGCUGCGAGGUGGGCAGAACUGCUGGAUCCUGCGGGAGCAGAAGCUGCUGCCGUGGGGAUUUUUAGCGCAGCUGCAACUUGGAGAGCUCCUUGCCUUUGAAAUACAUUCAAGGGGAGCACAGGACUGUAGCUUGAUGAAAAGAACAACAGCGUUGGCUUCGGGAAACACCUGCCUGCUGACAAAGCGUGUGCAGUUUCUGCAGCAGUUUGGCAGGGAGGGAUGGGGGUUCGGGGGAACGGCAGUUGAUGAGCCUCCCUUUGGAGCAGCCCUGCAAGCUGCCCCCUGCACCUCCAGUUUAGCCAAGAAAGGCUCUCUGGAAGGUUUUCGUUAGGGUAAAUCUGCACCCGGGGUCUUGCAGAGAGGAGGGGAAACGGCUGAGAUGGUUGUCAGCCGUGUCAGGGGAAGGCAGUGCGUGGCACUGCUGAAGCGCCCGUUUCUGCCCAUGCUGGGGAGCCUGGCGGAAGUCUGAGGGAAUCUAACUAAGCAGCUGGAGACAGCACUGGGAUCGGUGGCCUCCUUAUAGGAAUCUUUGGAAUUUGCCUUUUUGUGUAACAGAUCCACCCAGAAUUGUUAACAAAAUCAGCGUCUGUUUCCUGCAUAACAGCUUGGAGUUGUGAUGGGGUGUCUUGUGUAACCACUGUAGCUGGUUUAGGCUGUUU